CUGUACAUAGAGGUCCCUUGUCAUGUAAAUAAUUAAAGGUUUCGUGCGAAAAUGACAUCCUAUUUUAGUUGUAGUGAUGUAAAUAAUUAAGUUUAUUUACUAAUAUUUAAAAUGCGGUGCUGCGUUCCGGGCUGCAAAAAUGACUCGAGACAUAUCUCGAAAUCCCAGGGAAUCACUUUUCAUGUCUUCCCCACUGAGCCAACUCUCCGCUUCUCCUGGCUCCGCGCUCUUGGCAAACAAUCAUGGGAGCCCAAGGAACGCAGCGCUGUCUGCUCAGAGCAUUUUCUUAGUGAAGACUUGUAUGAAACCAAGAGUGGACUGAGAAAAGUGAGGGCGGGUGCUGUGCCAAUAGUGCAAGAGGCAGGGUGUGACUAUGGGGAAGCCAAUACUUUACAGGUGUGCCGAAUUUGCCUCGCGGUGGACGGCAGGCUGCUCUCCAUCAGGAAGUACCGGUUAGAAGAAGCCUAUCACCAUCUAACAGGGCUUGAGUGUGAAGACAAGCUGCCCGGCCAGUUAUGUGUAGAAUGCGCACACCGUCUUCUAAACAGCAGUAGACUCAGGAACAAAAGUCUACGGGCACAUUCUAUCAUGAUGGAAAUAGUCAGCAGACAGGAUAGCCUAACACUACAAAAUCUAGCCACAAUAAAUCGCGACAAUAAUAGACUAACCUCAAACCUAGGUCCUAAACAUUACGAACCUAACUUCUACAACCAAACCUUAGACCACGACACAAUUGAAGAUAAAGAAAUACCACUAUACGAAGUUAAUAUCACAGAUGAAAUAGUAAUAAAGAAUGAAAAUAAUGAUUUCAAUGAAGAUAACGAAAUGAAAGAGGAAAAUAAUGAAGUUAAUGAUUACGAUAAUGAUAAUGAUGUAGAUUUUGUGGCGUCAGAUAGAGAAUAUUCAACCGAUGACAGUUUGCCGUUAGAAGCUAGAAGGAAAAAGAAGGAGAAGGUUAAGAAGAAUAAAAUCGAGAAGAAGGAAGUUAUUAAAAAGGUGCGAAAGAGGCAGUUGAAGAAAGACCCGACGCAGCCUAAAAUCGACCGGCGGCGUAAACCGUUCUUAAACGACGAAUUAAAUGAGACUCUGUUUACGAUCACGGAUCUCACUCAAGACGAGCAACUAGAAGAGAUACGGAAGAGGCAAGAGACUGCCAACUACAAAAACUCUGUGUUCAAAUGUGAAGCGUGUUUCAAAGGCUUCCUUGACGAAGAUGCUUACAAUAGUCACGUUAUUAGACAUACCGAUCAAUGCGGCGAAUACGAGUGCAACAUAUGCAAAACGCAUUUCAAGCAUCCACACGCUCUUCGGAAGCAUAUAACGGCGCACCACACGCAACGAUUUAGCUGCAACCAGUGUCCUUACGUCACCACUCACAGACAAACGGCGAGGUUACAUGAGAGAUGGCAUAAAGGCACUAAAUAUCAAUGUCCACAUUGUCAAGAUGAGUUUGUCAAAUUCACAACUUACAUGGGUCACAUUCGCAUCAAGCAUCCGUCCGAUUUUGUCUGUCAGCUGUGCGGGUAUUCCUUCGUCAGCGAGAAAGGGAUAGAGCUACACAAGAAACUGAAACACAGACUCGACGACCCCCAGAUCCCAGAGGACGGGCCUUUCUGCGAUCUUUGCAACGUACGUUUUGUGUCCAACGAGGCUCUGAGAAGGCACAUUCAUGUUUCGGCCAGACACGCGGGCAGCGACAAAGACGACAAGGAUCCCAACAAGUCGAAGAGGCCACGAAAACCGCGUGAGCCGAACGUGUCGCGCGAGCGUAAGCGGUCGCGGAGCACCUCGAGCGAGCGCCGCCGCUUCCCCAGCCAGCUGCGCAAGGCUGAAGGACCUAUCCCCUGUGAACAGUGUGGAAUGCAACUAGAGGAUUCUCGGGCGUACCACGGCCAUUUCCGGCGGAUGCACCCGGACAAGAACCGAACCAACUACCCGUCCAUGAAGUCGCCGUGCAUGUGCGAAGUGUGCGGUCGGAUGUUCCAGAGCUACGCCCUCCUAAAAGACCACACAUGGACCCACACCGGCGAACGGCCCUUCAAAUGUGACUCGUGCGGCAAAUCGUUCCGCAUGAAACAACGCCUCGUCGCACACCGCCGCGUGCACAGCGCGCAGCGAGCCACGUACGUGUGCAGCGUGUGCGGGAAACACUUUAGCACGCAUAGCAACCGCCAGCGGCACAUGUUUAUCCACACCGGCCUAAAACCAUUCAAGUGCGAAAUGUGCGGAAAGAGCUUCAAGCACGCGAGCGAGAAGCGUGCACACAUCACGUACGUGCAUCUUAAGAAACCGUGGCCAAAGCGUGCUCGGGGCAAGCGUCGGGAUUCCAGACAGAGUAUGCAGCACCCUCAAAUGUCAGUGGGCACGAGUGCGAGCGAGAUGGACAUAGUGCAGCCGCUCUGGCCGUCCUGUGACCCGAAGCUCGCCGAUAUAAACGCGAUGAUAGACGAUAAACCUAUGUAUUAUAACCUCAAGAUAUAGUCCGAGGCAUAACG